UCUUCUGCUCCUCCAGCGCCAUGGUCUCAAAGGUUACAGUAGUACUUGCACUCGUGGGUGUGGCCCUCGCCGCCCCCUCCGACCCCUACGGCCCGCCCGCGCACCAGCCCGUCUACAAGGAGGAACCUAUUCCGUACAACUUCGCCUACGCCGUCAACGACCAGUACGCCGGCACCGACUUCGGCCACAACGAGGACUCGGACGGCCAGACGGUCAGGGGCUCUUACACCGUGCAGCUUCCCGACGGACGCAAGCAGACGGUGAACUACGUUGCCGACCACUACAACGGCUACCAGGCUGAGGUCAGCUACUACGGCGAGGCUCAGUACCCCCACGAGUACGGUCCCCCCGUCACCUUCAAGCCCCAGGUCUCAUACCAGCCCCAACCCUCAUACCAGCCCCAACCUUCAUACCAGCCACAGCCCUCAUACCAACCACAACCUUCAUAUCAGUAACAUAAAUUCAUAAAACCACUUCUAGAAAUUCAUCUUCAUUUUCCACUGUAUGAACACUGAAGAAUGUUUAUAUAAAAUAAAAUCCUAAUCAUAA